AUUCCCACUUCUGGUGAUGCCCCUUGAACCUGGAGUUGAAGGAAACUUUUGGGAGCUUAGGUCAUAGCUCUUGGCAGCUCUCUCCGGAAGCUUCGCAGAUAAGACAAUAGUGCCUGAGGCACCAAACCGUCCUUUUCUUGGCGGCCGCUGCACGUCAUUGCCCAGGUCCCAGCCCGAUCCCUGUCGAGCCGCCACCAUCCCGAGGUUCAUCUGUUGUCUCAACUGAACAAUCACAAGAUUCUUGACUCAAGGCUCUCCAGUACAACCAACAAACUUUUCUCUGACCGAAAGCUCACAUAAAUCCCACAUCACAAAAUCUGUCAAAAUGUCCGGCAAAUUCGAACCUAAAACCCCCGUCCAGCUCAACCCCCCAAAGGACGACCCAAUCUCUCUCUCGGAGCUGGCCAAAGCGAACGGUGAACAAGCAGACGGGAAAUGCUACGUCGCCAUCAAGGGCCUCGUCUACGACGUGACGGGCAACAAGGCCUACCUCCCCGGCGGCACCUACCACGUCUUUGCUGGAAAGGACGCCUCCAAGGCCCUGGGCAAGACCUCGAUAAAGGUCGAGGAUGUGGAUGCCGACUGGUCUGGGCUGACGGAGAAGGAGAAGGGGACGUUGAAUGAUUGGGUUACGUUUUUUAGUAAGAGGUAUAAUGUUGUGGGAAGGGUGGAGGGGGCUACGAACUUUGAGUAGAGGUUGGGAUGAGGAGGAGAAAGCAGGGGGGGUUAUAGAGGGGGGAAUAAAUGAUUUGAUGUGAUUACUCUGAUUGGGUGCUAAUGUGUGGAAUGUUUCCUUGAGUUUGAUCUGAUGAUAAGGGAAAGUUGGGAUGGUAAGUUGGGAUGGAGGAUGAUACAACGAAGGGACGAAAGCUUGGAAGGUACGGAGGAUGUAUGUCCUCGGUAAAGAUGGGUCUUGGUUCAACCUCUGGCGCACGUAUUUCUAAUCCUUGGAGUCUUAUUAUACCAGAACUGAAGUAUAAAUCAAAAAGAAAGGCCUG